ACGUCCUACUCUUUUUAUACUUUGAACGCACCGGGACAGAGCGAUCAUGGCAUACGCAGUCGAGCCGUGUUAGCAAAACAGUACACUCGGCUCGCUUAGUAACUCUCGAUUACAACGAUAUCUUCUGAUAAAACUAGCCGAUGUGAUCUGCGGCGGACAGAGCACUGCAAAGCUGGACGCCUAACAGGAAGUGAGAUAACAUCCAGCGAGAGGAUGAUCACUUUCAUCCUGAUGGUGAACCGCCAGGGUCAGACUCGUCUAUGCAGGUACUACCAGCCGCUCAAGCUUAGCCAGCGCACGGCCCUGGAGACUGACGCGGUCCGCUGCUGUCUGAGCCGCGGGCGAGACCAGUGUUCCUUUGUGGAGUACAAGGACUUCAAACUGGUGUUCCGCCAGUACGCCGCCCUCUACAUUGUGGCAGGUGUCACAGACGACGAGAAUGAGCUGUCCGUCUAUGAGCUCCUGCAGAACUUUGUGGAAGUUCUGGAUAAAUACUUCAGCCGGGUGAGCGAACUGGACAUUAUGUUCAACCUGGACCGAGUCCACCUCAUCUUGGAUGAGAUGGUCCAGAAUGGACACAUUGUGGAGACCAACAGGAGCAGCGUUCUGGCGCCGCUCACAGCUCUCGACAAGAUGGCGGACGGCUGACGUGCUUUUAUUUUGCAGUAGAGAUGGACCGACAUGUCUUAAAGGCCUACUGAAACCCACCACUACCCAAGUCUGAUAGUUUAUACAUCAAUCAUGAAGUGUUAACGUUGCAACACAUGCCAAUACGGCCUUUUUAGUUUACUAAAUUGCAAUUUUAAAUUUCCCGGGACUUUUUUCUUGAAAACGUCGCGUAAUGAUGACGUGUACGCGUGAUGUCACUGGCUGUUAUGAAUAUGAGCGCUGCGUACACACACACACACAGCUAAAAGUCGUCUGCUUUAACGGCAUAAUUACACAAUAUUUUGGACAUCUGUGUUGCUGAACUUUUUGCAAUUUGUUCAAUUAAUAUUGGAGAAGUCAAAGUAGAAAGACGGAGUUGGGAAGCUUUAACCUUUAGCCACACAAACACACGGUGAUUCCUUGUUUAAAAUUCACGAAGGUGAAACUUUAGUAUGGAUCACAGCGGACAUGGAUCCCGACUACAUGUCAACCAGCAGGUUUCGGUGAGAAAAUUGUGGUUAAAAAGUCGCCUCUUACCGGAUAUCAGCUGAGCUUGUGCAGUCCAUACAGCUGCCGUCGACUUCCCCGAGACACUGCGCGUCAACACCCGGCCGUGGACGUACACUUCCGACUAUCAGGUACAGUUAAACUCACUAAGACACUAGCAACACAAUAGAAAGAUAAGGGAUUUCCCAGAAUUAUACUAGUAAAUGUCUCUAAAAACAUAUGAAUCCGUCUCAAUGCAACGCGAUUGCAAUCGCGUUUUUUUUUCUUCCCAAGUCCGUCGCUAUCAAUAUCCUCAAACACAAAUCUUUCAUCCUCGCUCAAAUUAAUGGGGAAAUUGUCGUUUUCUCGGUCUGAAUAGCUGUUUUUGUUGGAGGCUCCCAUUAAAAUCAAUGUGAUAAUAUGAGGAGCCCUUAACAUGUGACGUCAUCAUCUGCGACUUCCGGUAGAGGCAGGGCUUUUCUCCAGCUGCGAACUUUAUCGUGGAUGUUCUUUACUAAAUCCUUUCAUCAAAAAUAUGGCAAUAUCACGAAAUGAUCAAGUAUGACACAUAAUGGACUUGCUAUCCCUGUUUAAAUAAGAAAAUCUCAUUUCAGUAGGCCUUUAAUGUUGUGCUUAAGUUAGCAGCAAAAAACAUCAAACACCUUCAUUCCCCAGAGUCUGAAUAAUUGAUAUAAUUAAUGUGCAGGUUCACUUCCUACCUUGUUUACUUACAUGACAAUCUCAAUGUUUUGUAAUCAGUGUUUUAUAUUUUUCCCAUCAUGCAUUGCAAUGGAUUUAAAUGGGUGUCAUUAUGAAUUGUGUGCUGUACGUGGACAUUUUUGACAUCCACAAAGUUCAGUGAGCAGAUUGUGUUGGCUUUUGGUGGUUUUUUUUGCGCCAUGAGUGGGAAAGCUUGUUUGGAUUUGUCGCCACCUGGUGGCUUCCCUCCAAAGAAAACCAGUGCUGCUUCUUGCUACUUUGCAAACAUUUUAAUGAUCUUUUUUUGUCGGAGCAAACACAUUUGAAAAUAUCUGUCGAGUUGAAACUGCAACUUGAGUUAAAUAAAUGUUUAUAAUAUACAAAGAAAA